GCUUGAAUACAUGCUAAAAAUAGCACUUACUACUACACUUACCUUUAUUGAGAACUUCAAUGGCUUUUCUGAUCCAAUGGUUAAUGGAAAGCUUACAACCUUUGUUGUUCGCUGCAUGCAUUAUUUUCGUUGUGUCGCUGAAGUUUUUUUUGAAGGAGAAGUCAGCAGGGAAAAGAAACUCCAAUCUCCCACCAAGCCCCCCAAAGCUGCCCAUCAUUGGUAACCUUCACCAGCUCGGCAGCAUGCCUCAUCUCUCUCUCAAGUGUUUGGCGGAGAAGUUCGGACCAAUUAUACAUUUACAACUGGGUCAAAUCCCAACAGUGGUGAUUUCAUCGGCUAAACUAGCAAAGGAAACAAUGAAAACCCAUGAUCUUGCGCUAUCUAGCCGUCCACAAUUCUUUUCAGCAAAGCAUAUCUUGUAUGGUUGCACCGAUAUUGCCUUCUCCCCCUAUGGUGAUUAUUGGAGGCAUGUUCGAAAAAUAUGCAUACUUGAACUUUUAAGUGCUAAAAGAGUUCAAUCGUAUAGACUCGUUAGGGAAGAAGAAGUAGCUCGUUUGGUUCAACGAGUUGCAGAUUCCUAUCCUUCCACCACCAAUCUAACCAAGAUGCUUAGACUCUACGCAAAUGAUGUCCUUUGCCGGGUUGUAUUUGGAAGAGAUUUCUCGGGUGGUGGGGAAUACGAUCGCCAUGGCUUCCAUCAAAUGCUCGAGGAGUUCCAAGUAUUGCUCGGAGGAUUUAGCCUAGCAGAUUUCUUCCCUUCCUUGGAAUUCGUAAAUAGUCUAACGAGUAGGAAAUCUAGACUUCAAAAGACUUUUCGAAGCUUUGAUAAACUUUUUGAUCAGUUGUUGAGUGAACAUCUCAAUCCCGAGAGAGAAACAGAGGAGCACAAGGACCUUGUGAAUGUCUUACUCGAUAUACAAAAGAAUGGAUCCGGGGAUCUGCCAAUCACAACGGAUAAUAUCAAAGCUAUCAUCUUGGACAUGUUUACCGCAGGAUCUGAUACAGCGUCCAUCACCCUUGAAUGGGGAAUGACAGAGCUCAUCUUGAAACCCAAAGUCAUGGAAAUAGCACAAGCAGAAGUACGAAACAUCGUCGGAGAUCAUAGAAGAGUUGUUUCAGAGAGUGAUCUGCCUCACCUGCACUACAUUAAAGCUGUCAUCAAAGAGAUCCUGCGAUUUCAUCCUCCUGCUCCAGUUCUAGUACCUAGAGAAUCCACGGAAGAUGUGAAUAUCGAAGGGUACGAUAUUCCAGCCAAAACACGUUUUUUUUUCAAUGCCUGGGCCAUAGGGAGAGAUUCAGAAUCUUGGGAAAACCCAGAUACGUUUCAGCCUGAGAGAUUUAUGGGUAGCACUGUCGAUUUCAAGGGGCAGCAUUUCGAGCUAAUACCUUUCGGUGUUGGUAGAAGAAUAUGCCCAGGAAUCACAUUUGGAACGGCAGUUAUUGAGCUCGCUUUAGCUCAACUUCUCCACAGUUUUGAUUGGUAUCUUCCUCCUGGUACCACAGCUGAAAAUUUUGAUAUGAAAGAGGUUUUCGGGCUUACGACGCACAGGAUAUCUGAUCUAACUCUCGUUGCAAGACCACGCUUUCCCGUUGGCCAUAACAAGCCAUAAUUUAAACGUUUUAUCAUUGAUCACCUAGUUCCAUUUUGUAAAUACAAUAAUUUGGCUAGGACUGGUUACUAAAAUGAUAAAAUUUAUCUUAUCAUUAAGUUUGUAUUUUGGAUAAAUGUAAAUUAUUUUUUACUUUAUCUAUAACAAUUUAAGUUUAUCUA